CAGCUGAUCGCCAACCUCUCCGAAGAGUUCAAGCUAGGCGUGGUGCGUGGUCUUACGCUGGUCACCCAAAACGUACAAUCGGAGCUGAUCGAACAGAUCUACGUCAGGGAUAAUUUGAAUUUGAUCUCGCAGGUUCUCUUUGUCUGCGUUAGUGUCCUAGCGAAUGAGCGCUACCGGAAACUGCGUUUCGCUGCCAUCGAAUGCAUUUUGAGUACAAUGCAGAUCCACGAUGGGUUCGAUUCUGACGAUCCCGUAUUACGCUGUCAGGUGGCUGAGUUGCUGUUUAUAGUUUUACCCAAGCUUCUGUCGGCACUGAUCCAGGUCAUCAACGGAGAUGAAAAGCAAGGUCGGGCAUUGCUAUGCUUGGCCAUUAAAACCUUGGGUCGAGUUUUGUGUUUGAUAUUCGAGGAUUAUGAUCGGCAAGAUGCGAACGAAGAUGCUAGUACAGAAGAUUUCUUGCGACUUUGCCGGGAAUCUAAUACAGAUGGGUCAGGCGAUACCGAUAAUAUCCUUGGAAUGGGUCUCAAGAACCCCAAAGCUAGGGAGGACUAUUUCAACAGCACUAAACGAAACCAACAAUGGUUGCUAGAGGCGGAGAAAAAGGUGGCCAAAGUAUUGGAAACUAUUUAUCAUUUACGAGGCGCAGAGGAAGAAUUGGUGAGGCUGCAAUACGCACGAAUGAAUAUCGAACUGUACGAAAAGUGUGUUCGAAAUAUGCCCACAUGUUCGGUCACGUUCUUAGAAUCGCUUUUGGCUCUUAGUCAGGACGACUGUUCUAAGGUGAGUACGUCAGCCAGAGCUGUUUUCGAAAAUUCUGAUUCAAGCACCAACAUUCCACGGCUUGGUUUAACGCGAAUGGACGAAUUGUUAUUUGUUGGCUUAAAAGCUGCUCCCAGAACAAUAUAUAGGGGUGUCGAAUCCGAACAGAUUUCUCAUUUCCGUCUGCUGGCUGGGUACCUGAGCUUCUUAACCGAUCGACAGCUAGUAGUUUUGUUAUCCGAUCAAGAAGUUUUGAAUCAGUUGAUAAUGGUACUGGUUGCAGGAGUGGAGUUAGACCAUCCUGAAGAGUUGAUCCGUAGAGAGUAUGUUUCUUAUCGUUUCGAUUAUGUGAAGAAAGUUGAAAACAUUAACGAAAGUCUAGAGUCUCGAUGGUUUGUUUUGAAAAAUUUUCACAGUUCCUCGACUGCACAGAAAAGUUUCCUCCGAAUAAUUCAGAAUUGCCAGAACAGACCGGAAACCCUAGCAGUUGUAUUAAACUAUAUAAUGGAAGACUUGUUUAGCACUCGUUUAAAUACAAAUGGAUAUUUGUAUUUGUUAUCUGAGAUGAUUCCAAAAAAUUGUGCUAACGAAUCACUUUUGGGCAUUUUUCGAUCAGUAUUGGAAGAAAUUCUUCAGUCCUACCACUGGGAUUUAGAGUUGGAAGAAUUAGCCGAAAGUGUGAACGAUUUAAAAUUCAAUUGCUUACAUAUUUGCUUAUGCUUGAGAAUAGUCAGCCGCCUAGGAAAUCUUUUUCGAUGGGACUACCGAUGGCAACUGUACGAUGUUUUGAAGUACACACUUCCUUUAACCAGAACUACUUUACAUAGCAUCAGCCAAGCAGCAGAACAGACGUUGGCUUCAAUUGCUAAUGAUUUGAAAUUAGAAUCGAUUCAGCAGCUGAUAUUCGAGCAUCUAGAUUAUAUUUCACAGCAUACAAACCGUUGCCUAAAACGUUCGGAAUCAUUUUCAAGCGGAGUACGCCUUCUAGAAGCAGUCCUCCGAUUCGUUCCUUAUGAAUCAUCGGCUGUGUUAGAGUCUACUAUCAGUCCAAUAGUAAUGAAUAUUUUAGACGACCAUGAUCAACGAGCUGGGGACGGGAGAAUUCUCUGUCUUCGAGUGUUGCAAAUUUUUAUACGUGCCAUUCGAUAUCGCUUUCGACGAGAAGCGUCCUCAGAACAACAACUCGAUGAAGAAGAGUCCAAAGCACGAGAAAAACUACAACAACGGAUAGCUCAACUAAAGGAAGAAUUGACUAAUAAGCUACCCCCAGAAGGAGCUACCAUAGAAGAAAUCUAUUCAGUGCACCGAAACACGUACAAACGCCUUAAAAUCUGUCCAUUUGGACCGAUCUCCUCUCAAUCGACGAUCGUUGAUGAUUCGGAAGAAUUUCCGGAACCAGAAGAUCCGUUGCGAAAACUCGACGAUUAUGUAGAACCGAGAAAGGAAUCGUUUCUGGAACAGUACAAACGUCAGUGUCAAAUUUAUGGCGUGACUCCGAUCGGCGUGGUCUGUGAGGUUUUGAGUGUGGUUGAGCAGGAUCCGAGUACACCUGUUGAAGUGGAUCUGAACCGUUACGGUAGCAGUAAUCUGCAGGUUCACAUAGCCCUCGACGUAUUGGCUAGUGCUUGUCCAAAUGUACUGGAAUACCUCAACCUUAGCUUCAACCUCCUGAUGAGCGAAACGGUUGCAUGCGCUUUGUCCAAUAUGCUACAGGUUGCUCAGAAAAUCACUAUAUUGGAUUUGUCUCACUCCACAUUGAAUGAUAAAGCGGUGAGCCAGAUUGCAGAAGCCAUCUCAACUUCGAACAUUCAAAAGAUGGUGCUCAAAAAUUGCUACAUUAGUGAUUCAGCUGGGGCAGAACUGUUUCGAAAACUGGUUUCUUGUGAAGGUCUUGAAGAAUUGGACCUGAGCUGGAACCGACUGGAAUAUCAAACAGGAUCUUCAGCAGCCCUUUUUCUCGCAGAAAACAAGAUCCUGAAAGAACUCAACUUGGAAGGCAAUUUUCUAUAUUUGGAAAACGAAUGUAUUGUUCCAUUUUUGCGGGAGCUUUCCAAAAACGAAACACUGAAGAAGUUGAACUUGGCUUGGAAUGCGCUAGGUGGUGAAUUGUUCUCGCAAUGGCUACCCAAAGCUGUUUUAAAUAGUCAUGUGGAAGUUCUUAAUCUGCAAAUGAAUUGCAUGAGAACGAAUGAGGCUGUGUUAUUAAGUCGUGCCAUUGCGAAAACCGAAAACCUUAAGGAACUUUACGUAGGCGGUAACUUCUUCAACCCAGAUGAAAUCAAGGAUCUGGUUAAAAUGUUCGGGCGGAAUCCAAAUGUCAAAGUGUUGUCCUUGGGAGAUUACCAGUUCGUGAACAAAGUUGCUGCUAGGCUCGCCAAACGUUGCAUGACUCGUGACCCCACUAAAUCAGUAUCCUACCAAGGGGUCAUACUUAGCAAUCCACCUCGUCCUAUAGAUGUACCGGAGAUGUUGCUGAACCGUUGCCGAUUCCUUGGACUCAAACCGAAGAAAAAGAAACUGAAAAAGGACCUGGGACACUUCAUGUUGCAACUCCUGCAACUUGAAAAACCAUUGGUCGAGCGAGACGAUUUCGUUGCAAUGGUGAAAAAAUUCCGCAUCAAGCUGGAUCGGAAUUUACUCGAAUCACUGAUGGAUGCAUUCGUGGAACAACGAAUGGUCAAUACGGCGGCCAUGGCUACCAAGUACUUGCAGAAGUACCCCACCGAUCCACCUCCACCGAAGCCUCAGAAAGGCGGGAAAAAGAAGCCCAAAAAUGGGAAACAGAAAAAGUUUUGAUGAUUGAAUAAAUGAAAU